CUAACAAUAAAUUAACGUCAACGGUCUAUAUCCUUGUGUGAUCAUUUUAGUGUAUAUAGUUCGCCUCAGCAGGGCCCUCCAGGAAUCACAACGGAGCACAGUGUCUAAUUAACUUGUGACUCUUAGUAGCCAAAUUAUUACACUUUACGACAAUGGUAUGCCAGCAGAUCAGUUGUGAACAAAAACAAUGCAUGCAAUUAAUGUAUCAUGCUGUACAGUGUCAGGCGAUUGCCUUGUCAGCCAUCUUACUGCUGCAGCUGCUCCUCCCCACGUUAGCAGAGAGGCUAACAGCGCUACGGUCUCUGACGUUAGCUACUUUGAUGUCAAACUGAACUUCCUACUACGAAUAACUUCCUGUGGCUUCAGACAGUUCCAACUGAGGCGGUUUUGUAGUUAGGUAACAGUAACACAGCUGGUGAACUGUGUGUACAUUUGUUGUUUUCGUAAAAUCGUACUGUUUAAUUAAUUACGUUAUAUUUUUCAGAUAUUAAGUCAGUUAGCGUAGCUCCCAAGCUAACUGCCCUCGUCCAGUGGCAAUCAAGCUCAAGAAACAAAAGCGGCCUUAGCCUUGUUGCCUGCAUACAACCGAGCUCAAUUUUAUCGUCUCGGGCUGAGUGGACCAACGUGAACAAGCAUUACCGUUUGGUCAGCGGUAUUUUGUGUCACGUAUUUGGGGUGUGGGGGUUGUUCCUCUCAUGCGUUUCCGUAAAAUGUGUUAUCGGUGAAUUAUGAGGAAUGCUAGCUAGCUAGCUAGUCCAAAAUGCUAGCUAGCUAGUUGGCUAGUUAGCAAACUUGGAUCGUUGUUGUCAAACAUUUGAAAAUAGCUAACGUUAAGUCACAAAUGCAUUUGACGUUUUGCUGGCUGGCCGUAUUGCACGAUCCUCAUCUUGUUGGCUAGCUAACCCCCUUUUCGUAGCAAACUACAACUAGCCUUUCGCUGAGUGAGCCACGUUAGCUUGCGUAAAUGUUUCUACUGCACGAGUGAAGCAAAGGGUUUUGAAUGUACUUAUCUGCAAACCUUCUCCUGGAAGUUACCCGCUACCACCGAUAGACUACAAGUUCUACGGGAAAUGGUAAACUUUCACGUGAGCUCAUGGAGAAGAAGGCCUUUGAGGGAUGGCUGGAGUCGGUCUCCGCCUCCUUCCUCACGCUAACCGACCAGCAGAAGAACCAGUCGCUGGACCACCUGAUUGGCCUGAGCGGGGCGGCGCAGCUGCGGCACCUCUCCAACAGCCUGGAGACGCUGCUGAAGCGCGACUUCCUCAAGCUCCUCCCCCUGGAGCUCACCUUCUACCUGCUGCGCUGGCUGGACCCCAAGACCCUGCUCACCUGCUGCCUGGUGUGCAAGCAGUGGAACAAGGCCAUCAACACCUGCACCGAGGUGUGGCAGGGGGCGUGCCGCGACCUGGGCUGGCAGAUCGACGAGUCCAUCCAGGACGCCUCCCACUGGAAGAAGGUCUACCUGAAGGCCAAGCUGAGGAUGAAGCAGCUGAAGAACCAGGAGGCCUUCGAGACAUCCUCGCUGAUCGGGCACAGCGCACGCGUGUAUGCCCUCUACUACAGGGACGGUCUGCUGUGCACAGGCUCUGAUGACUUGUCUGCUAAGCUGUGGGACGUGUGCACUGGGCAGUGUAUCUACGGCAUCCAGACGCACACCUGUGCAGCGGUGAAGUUUGACGAGCAGAAGCUGGUGACGGGUUCCUUUGACAACACGAUCGCCUGCUGGGAGUGGAGCUCGGGAGCGAAAAUACAGCACUUCCGCGGACACACUGGCGCUGUGUUCAGCAUAGAUUACAACGAUGAGCUGGAUACUCUGGUUAGCGGCUCAGCCGACUUCUCCGUGAAGGUCUGGUCUUUGUCAGCAGGGGCCUGUCUAAACACCCUUACCGGGCACACAGAGUGGGUCACGAAGGUGGUCUUGCAAAAAAGCCAAGUGGAGUCUCUGAUGCAUAGUCCUGGUGACUAUAUUUUAUUAAGUGCAGAUAAAUAUGAAAUCAAGGUGUGGCCGAUAGGCAGAGAGAUCAACUGCAAGUGCUUGAAGACCCUGUCGGUGUCGGAGGACCGCAGCGUGUGCCUGCAGCCCCGGCUGCAGUUCGACGGGCGCUACAUCGUGUGCAGCUCCGACCUGGGCCUCUACCAGUGGGACUUCGCCAGCUACCAGAUUCUCAGUAAGCCAGCAGCAGGGGAGUUGUUGAAGUGGUCGCAUGUGUCAGAACGGGUUAUCAAAACGCAGGAUUCCGCCAACCUGUCCUUGCUGAGUUUUGGAGAAGUUUUUGCCCUCUUGUUUGACAACCAUUACUUGUAUAUUAUGGAUCUGAGGACAGAGACAAUAACGGGCCGCUGGCCUCUGCCCGCCUACAGGAAGUCCAAAAGAGGAUCCAGUUUCCUGCCCGGUGUGACUUCCUGGCUGAACGGGCUGGAUGGACAGAAUGACUCUGGGCUGGUAUUUGCCACGAGCAUGCCUGAUCAUAGCAUUCAUUUGGUACUGUGGAAGGAGAAUGGGUAGAUGCCGGAAAUGCCCUGGUGUGUUCAAAACACAAAAUCCGAAUAGGUAAAAAUCGAUUGGUGCUGCUUAUUUCGAAUAUGUGGCCAUGAAGUCAAGAUACUGCAUGAACCAAAGUUUUGCAAAAAAAAAACCUGCUGCACACACAAAAAAAAAAACAUGAAAAAAACCACACACACAAGAAGCAUUGUGCAACUCCCAGCUUUGUAGGCAGUGUAAACGGGUGAAUACAAGCCAGUCAGCAUGUGCAGACCACAACCAUGUUACACAAACAUAGCACCUGCUGCGUGUAUGGCAUUUUUAUUCUUUUAUAAUUUUUUGCAAAAAAAAAAAGUCAAUGAAAAGUAAAACAUUAUCACCAACUUGUUUGUGAGGAAACCUGCGUCUGUUCUCAACACCUUUGAAUUCAUUUUCUUUUUGAAAUCAUUUUAUAGCAGAGGUGCAGUUAAAACUGUUGGUUUGCUUGGUCGACUCAGAAUGAUUCGGAGGUAAGUAUCCAGACCUAUGAACUCUAACUGGAGUAUUCCCUGUUCUCCCACCACCACCACUGAUGUGUUGGAAAUAUUUCAUUAAAAUGGCAAAUGUUAUAACUGUGACUUGGAAAACAGAUCAAACAGCCUGCAUCGUAAAACUCACAACCCUCCCCAAUCAUAUGCUUUAUUAACAUACAUGUGUAUGUGUGUGUCCUCUGGUUAGGUUUCAAGGUAUUAAAGUCACCUUAAGUUUAUCAAAUUUAAUUUCAGUGUUUUCACUUUUAAUUAACAUCUCCAGUGUGAGCAAUGGUAUUACAAUUAGAUUUUUGGGUUUUAACAGUUUAUUUAAAUGAACACGUCACGCACUAUACCCACCAGUGCAGAAUAAGGGUAAUUUGUUUGGUCAGUUAGCUCUUAAGACCAUGUGUGACACGAGUAAAUGGCUUGUGUUUUUCCCAUUGACACUUGUUUAUGUAAUCCUGCACAGGCAAUCAGCGCAGUCGACGGCCUCAGUAAGUUCUGGCAGAUUUUCCAUGGUUUAGAACGGGGAGGGAAAGUACUGUGCCAUAUAGUUUUGUCUUCCUGAAUUUCACCAUUAUUGCAAUGUUUUUUUAAAGGCACCCCUACAUGAUGUACUGUGUAUCUGUGUGUGAGCAGUACAUAUUUACAGCAAUAUGUGAGUAUUUGUACAUAUGCAUACAAGUACUUGUAUAUUAAUGUGUAACGCAUGUGUGCGUGUUUUGUGUAUGUGCACUUGCAUAUGCACCCAAGUGUACACAGCAGUGGACAAAACCAUAGCAUCACCCGUUUUUAAUGAGGUGUAUAAAUCUGGAAGUGAAUGAACUAAUAUAAAACUGUUGUGUAUAUUGUGUUGUGUCAGCUGACUCGUACUAUAUCAGUUGUCCAAUCAUAUGGAAUGCUCAAACCGGGCACCGGCUUUGCACAAGGGCAUCUCUUCCUUUGGCCUAGGAACAGUUCUUUUAAUGCGUUUGAAUAAAUGGUAUCAGGAUUCCAUGGAAGUAAAAAUGAGUGAUGCAAGCACGGAUCCACUACAGCAUGUACUGUAUAAAUAUGUUGGGUUAGUUAGUUUUUGAAUACAUUUACAAGACACCCUGCCCUCACCCCCAGGGCGAACCUGUACACAAGCUUUAGUCAUUUGUGCCUUUUUUGUGUAUUUGGUGCAAUAUAUUUCCCAUAUAGGCAGCAACAUUAAAUGUCCUUAAUUGGGUUUUGGAAAAUGUAAGCAAUAGGUAAGGAUGAAAUUUCUAAUUUGGUCACUUGGUGGGGCAGUAACUAUGUUGUCAUGCUAGACUUUAUAACGACCGGGAACAUCAUGAAAAGCUCUGUCCUUAAAAAUCUUAAAGCCAUUAUUGAACAUCUUUCACCGAUUGGUUUUUUUUUUUUUUAAUAGUAUCACUUUAAGCAUGAAAUGAGUCAAAGCUGUGUAUGGUCUAUAGUAGACAAGGGUUUUGCUUUCAAGAUUUACAAUUGUUUAUACAUAAGUUUUAAAGAUUAUACAGAUGUUUUUUGAUAAAUUGAAACUUCACUUAAGCUCCACCCACACUUGCAUUAAAAAAAUGCUUAGAGUAAAAUUUAGUUGUAGGAUGAUGUGCAUUAAAAUAUUUUUAAACUUAAUGGUGUGAACCAUGCGCUUUGGAAAUGCUAUAAGUGAUCAAGGCCUUAAUUUAUUUAUGCACUGCAUUAUUCCAAUUAUAUUUAAUUAGCUCCUUACUAGAAAUGUUCAAUAAUGAUCUGAAGGAAAAGUGAAACUGAAGGAACAAUUUCUGCCCUUCAUAGGCUACUGGAACAUUCCAUUGUUUUCCCCAAUACAAAGUAACCACCCUCCAUAAAUUGUUUGCCCAAAUUUCUGCUGAUUGAUCUUUUCACAAUGUUAAGACUUUCAAAAAAAAAUCUGAUUGUCUUUAUUUUUAUACUCUAUAUUUCAAUAUAAAAAUCCUUGUCAAA